AUGUUGACGCUUAACAUGGUCAUUUUGGCGCCUCUUUCUGUUUCCUGCCUACUCUAUGUAGUCAAGUCGGUAUUCAUGCUGGCUCUAUGGCGACGUCACAUCCUUGGACUUCGCGCUGAAGGACUUGUAAGAAACCUACCACCGAUAUCAAGCUUAAUUAUUGACAUCUGUAGCCAAUGCCACCAUACAAUGUGUUCUUUGGGCAUCUUUUUAUUGUCAACAAGAUCAUAUCCUCUCUUCCCAGUGAUGCUCACGGGCACUAUCUUCCGGAUCAGAUACGGAGGGCAUACCCAGAACUUGGACCAAACUUCUAUCUCAACUUAGCUCCGUUUGCUCCUUCUAUGCUGGUUCUUACCUCCUUGAACACCCUUCACCAAGUAACUCAACAGCAUCCUUUGGAAAAGUUCCCCAGUAUGAAAACAUUUCUAAAGCCACUUACGGGUGGACUGGAUAUGUUCCGAUGUACCCAUUAUUAUUUUUAUUGGUCAAUAAAUUCGGUUUAUUGA